AACUACAAAAGAACACAAACCAAUGCCCUCUCAACAUCUAAUAGCAAUAUCUACAAUAGUGUUUUUUUUUUCUUUUUCGUCUAAGUAAGAAACCGUCAUGGAAUCCAAAGGAGCAGCUCAGUGGAGCUCAAUUAUAGUUCCUUCUGUUCAAGAGAUGGUUAAGGAAAAGAUGAUCACGACCGUUCCUCCCAGGUAUGUUCGGUCUGAUCUAGACAAAACUGAAAUCACCGAUGGUUCUGGUCUAAACACCGAGAUCCCAAUCAUUGACAUGAAGCGGUUAUGUUCUUCAACCGCCAUCGCCAUGGACUCUGAGGUUGAGAAACUCGACUUUGCUUGCAAAGAAUGGGGAUUUUUCCAGCUUGUAAACCAUGGUAUAGACCCAAGUUUUUUGGAGAAAACAAAGGCGGGGAUUCAUGGCUUCUUCAACCUUCCCAUGGAAGAAAAGAAGAAGUUAUGGCAGCUAUCAAAUGAGAUCGAAGGUUUCGGACAAGCUUUUGUGAUUUCAGAAGAUCAGAAACUCGACUGGGCAGAUUUGUUCUUCCUUACUGUGCAACCUGUUGAAUCACGCAAGCCUCACUUGUUCCCCAAGCUACCUCUUCACUUUAGAGACACAUUGGAGACGUAUUCUGCUGAAGUGCAGAACGUAGCUAAGAUCUUAGUAGCGAGAAUGGCGAGAGCCCUAGAGAUCAAACCAGAGGAAAUGUUAAAGUUGUUUGAUGAUGUUGAUUCGAUCCAAUCUAUGAGGAUGAAUUACUACCCUCCGUGUCCACAACCCGAUCAGGUUAUCGGUCUAACUCCGCAUUCCGAUUCCGUAGGACUCACCAUAUUGCUGCAGGUGAAUGACGUUGAAGGUCUCCAGAUCAAGAAAGAUGGGAAAUGGGUUCCUGUAAAGCCUCUCCCGAAUGCUUUCAUUGUCAAUAUUGGAGACGUGUUAGAGAUCGUAACGAAUGGGACAUAUCGAAGCAUUGAGCAUCGAGGAGUUGUGAAUUCAGAAAAAGAGAGGCUCUCUAUUGCAACGUUUCACAACCCGGGAAUGUAUAAAGAAGUUGGUCCCGCGAAAAGCCUCGUCCAAAGGCAAAAGGUUGCAAAAUUCAAAAGGCUGACCAUGGAAGAGUACAUGGAUGGUUUGUUCUCCCGUGAGCUCGACGGAAAAGCUUAUCUCGAUGCUUUGAGAAUCUAAAUGAAGUGUUGCCUUGUGACCCAAGAAACCUUGUCAUAUAUCUACUCUGUUCUCCUUCUCUGUUUCCUUGAUUUCCUUGGUAAACAAUCUUCAUGAUCUUAUAUUCUUUUUCUCUCUAUUUACUUCUUAUCUGAUAAAGACAAAAGUUCUCUAGUUGAGAAUCUUUCUACGUAUUACUAUUAUAAGACAAUAGAUAAGCUUGUAAGUUUUCGUAUCUUAAUGGUCGUUGUUGCUCAAA